AUGACUACAAAAGAUCCUUUUAGAAACCACUCAAUAAGUUCAAUUGUUUCCAAACAUACAUCACAGUUAAUGGAAACUGAAUUAUCACAAUAUUAUAAGAACUUAAAUGAUUUCUUCCAUAAUAAUACUUCUGCGUCACAUCAUGAUAAUAACGAUGAUGAUACACAUAAGAGAUCAAAUUCAAAAAGAGCACAAAAGGCAAGAAGUAAAUUACUAAAAUUAUCAUUACCACAAUUAUAUGAAUUAUGUACUGACGCCUAUGAUGAAUUACAACGAAGAAUUGAAUCAUCAACUUCCACAAAGAAUAAUGGAAAUAAUGGGUAUCUUUUACCAAAGAUGAAAUUUCAUAAUAAGAGAAAUCAAGCAAGAGAAAAAUUAUCAACUUUAUCUGAAUCAAGAUUCGAUGAUUUAUUAGAUGAUGUAUUUUUCGAAUUGAAAAGAAGACAUUAUGAUACUUUGCUGCCGUCACCUCCUAAAGAAAAUGUGAAAAAAGCAAAUACUACUCCUACCAAAGCAAUUGUGAAUGACAACUCUAAUAAGAAAAACCCAACUACCACUACCACUACCACUACAACUACAACUACAACAGCAAUUUUACAAACUAGUCUAGUGAAACCAAAUAAAGCCAAUAUUGAUUGGUCUUCUUCUUCGGAUGAUGAAGGUGAAGAUGAAGGUGAUGCGUCAUUAUUAUCUCCCACUAACAAUAACCAUUUGACAACUAAUCUAUUCCAUAACAAUGGUACUAAUGGCAAAGAUAUGUCAGAUUCACAUUCAAAUAUAAGCGAUAAUAAAAACAAUAUGAUGAUAGAUCCUAUUGAACUUUCUCCCAUGAUUAUUAAAUCUAAAAAUUUACAUAUAAAUUCCAAAAUUGAUGAUUAUAUUAAUUCUACAACGUCCGUGGUGGAUAUAGGAAAUUCCAAUGGAUUAGGAAUAACAAAUAUUAGUACUAAUAAUAAACAUACUACACCUACUAAAAAUAAUCAUACUACCCAUGAUAACCAUGAUGAAAAUACACGCGAUUUAGAUGCAACAAAUGAUCGUAGAGCGUCUGUAUUAUCAAAACGAAUCAGGGAUUCUAAGAUUAUAUUAGACAUCAAUAAAGAAAUGGCACAUUUAACUGAUAAAAAUAACGAAUUAUCAAAGGAGAAUGAACAAUUAAAAAAUAAAUUGUUAGAAUUAGAACUUCGCUUGAAAAAGCAACAGGAGAUACAAAAAUGUCAAGAACAUGUAACGAAAUCAAAUGUGCAAAAUAAAACAAACGAAGUUAUGUUUAUUAAUAUAAAGGAUAUUUCCAAAUAUGUCAAUGAAAAAAAUGGUUUGAUUCCGUGGGAUGCUAUAACAAUCAUAUAUAAACUUUUCAACAACUUCCAUGAAUUGAUGAAAAUCUUUGAUUCCUCAAAUGUGGAAGAGAAAAUAAAUCCAACAGAAUUGACGCAAGAUUUAUUCCAAUUGGUCUCUAAAUUAUCACAUAAUCUUUCAAGAAUAUUACUUUUAGUGGACUUACCCAUUUUUGAAACUCAAGUCAUUAUGGUACGAGCCUGUUUAUCACAAUUAAUCACAACAUUACGACAUUUCACACUUCAUUUAACGUUAUUACCACCAAUGGUUAUUAAUUCUUCUAUGAAUGAUUUAGUCAUGUCAUUUGUAUCAUUAAUGGAAGCUUGUAAAAUUAGAAAUUAUAAAUCAAAUAUUAUCAAUGGUAAUCCGAAAAUAGAUAGUGUUAAGACCAACGAAAAUGAACAAGACUUGAUCAAGACUCCAAAUUUUAUACAAGGAACAUCGUUCGGAAACAACAACACGUCUACAACUACUUCCUCGACACCACAGCAACAACACGAAUCAAAACAUGAUAAGCCGUUGAAGAUUACACAAAAAGCAAACUCAUCUUCACAAUCAUCAUUCAAUAUAACAAAUUCUGAACAAGAUGAUACAAAUCGUGGUGUUGGGAAAAUACCGUCAAAUAACAAGAUAUUCCAAUCUAUGAUAUCUUUAUCAAGUAAAGAUAUGCUCCUUCAUACUAAUGAUGAUGAGUUGAUAGAUAAUAAUGAUAUUAUACCCAAUGGCACGAUCAAAAUGGGAUUACAAAUUCAAGAGGAAAAACUUCCCUUGAAUUUGAAUUCCACAAAGCAUUCGAAAGAGCCUCAUGCUGUUAAAGAAAUAUUAAACAAUAUAGAGGCAGACGCAAUGGAUACCAUUGAAUAUGUACAAAAAUUAUUAGAGAAUAUCAAAUAUUCCAAUAUUUCUCUAAUUGAUAUUGAAAAAGAUUGUUAUAUGCUUAUGGAUACUAUUAAACAAAUGCUACGGUUUACUGAUUUCAUCAUUAACCAUAACGAAAUUAUACGACGUAAUGAUGAAGGAGAAGACGGAACACUGAGGGAAAAUUUCCAAUGGAUUGUAACAAGCUUGAAGGAUUGUAAUUCAAGAAUGACGACAUUGUUAGUGGGUAAUUCUGAAUUGGUCAACACAAAGGAGGGACCGCAAGAAAAUGAUGUCAUUAUUGAUACCAAAUUUAAACAAAGCUUGGCAGGAGUUUCCUUUGACAUAGCGAAAUGUACAAAAGAAUUAAUUAAAGCAAUCAGAAAUUUUGCAGUUCUGUAG